UUCAAUAUGGCGGACGGUAGAUUUGGAAGUUUACUAAUGGCAUGAGUUUUUCGGAUUAAAUUCGUUUAAUUCAUUGAGACUAGUCGUUAUUAUGCAUUAAUUCCGAGAAAUCAUCGCCGAAAAGAGAAUAAAAAGGAAUCAAAAUGUCGAUUCCCCCGUACCAUCUGCUGGGCCCCAACCCCUGGGCUACGAUGAUGGCCCAGCAGCAGGCACAUGCCCAGUUGGCAGCUGCUCAGGCUCAUGCUCAGGCAGCAGCUCAUGCCCAAGCUGCACAUCACGCUCACAUGCAGGCAAUGGCAACAGGUCCACCACUUCCUCAAUUACCAAAGCAACCGGAGGUACUCUCCGAGGACAAGCUACAGGAGAAGGCCCAGAAAUGGCAACAACUCCAGUCAAAACGCUUUGCCGAGAAGCGAAAAUUUGGAUUCGUUGAUGCCCAGAAGGAGGACAUGCCACCAGAGCACAUCAGGAAGAUAAUCAGAGAUCAUGGGGACAUGAGUAGCAGAAAGUAUCGCCACGAUAAACGAGUUUACCUCGGAGCCCUGAAAUACAUGCCCCAUGCUGUUAUGAAACUUUUGGAGAAUAUGCCCAUGCCCUGGGAGCAAAUCAGAGAUGUCAAGGUUCUCUAUCACAUAACUGGCGCCAUAACAUUCGUCAACGAGAUCCCCUGGGUGAUUGAGCCAGUUUACAUUGCCCAAUGGGGCACCAUGUGGAUUAUGAUGAGACGAGAGAAAAGGGAUAGAAGGCACUUUAAGCGAAUGAGAUUUCCACCGUUCGAUGACGAGGAGCCUCCCCUAGAUUAUGCUGACAACGUUCUCGAUGUUGAACCUCUGGAGGCCAUUCAGAUUGAACUGGACUCUGAGGAAGAUGCUAGUGUUGCUAAUUGGUUUUAUGAACACAAACCACUGGUUGGGACGAAACAUGUGAAUGGCUCAACGUAUCGUCGAUGGAAUCUCACUCUUCCCCAGAUGGCCACCCUUUACCGUCUGGCCAAUUCUCUGCUGACUGAUCUCGUCGAUCAGAAUUUCUUCUAUCUCUUCGAUCCAAAGUCAUUUUUCACAGCUAAAGCACUGAAUAUGGCUAUACCUGGGGGUCCCAAGUUUGAGCCACUUGUUAAGGACUCCAAUGCUGCUGAUGAGGACUGGAAUGAGUUCAAUGAUAUCAAUAAGAUCAUUAUCAGACAGCCCAUCAGGACUGAGUACAGAAUUGCCUUUCCUUAUUUGUACAACAACAUGCCACAUUUUGUGCAUCUGUCGUGGUACCACGCACCCAACGUUGUGUACAUAAAAACAGAAGACCCAGAUCUCCCAGCAUUCUACUUCGACCCCUUGAUAAAUCCCAUCUCUCACCGUAACUCCCUCAAAACAGUAGAGCCCCUCAUUGAUGACGACGAGGACUUCACUCUCGAUGAAGAGGUUCAACCAUUCCUCCAGGAGACACCCCUGUACACCGACAACACAGCAAAUGGUAUUGCCCUGCUGUGGGCACCACGUCCCUUCAACACUCGAUCAGGCAGGACGCGUCGUGCCAUUGACAUUCCCCUCGUCAAGUCAUGGUACAGAGAGCACUGUCCACCAGGUCAACCAGUUAAAGUCAGGGUGAGCUAUCAAAAACUCCUCAAGUACUUCGUACUGAAUGCCUUGAAACACCGUCAUCCCAAGCCUCAGAAGAAGCGUUAUCUCUUCCGCUCUUUCAAAUCUACAAAAUUUUUUCAAACAACGACAAUUGAUUGGGUUGAGGCGGGACUCCAGGUGUGUCGUCAAGGCUACAACAUGCUGAAUCUCCUCAUUCACAGGAAGAAUUUGAAUUAUCUUCAUCUGGAUUACAACUUCAAUCUUAAACCAGUGAAGACACUGACCACAAAAGAGCGUAAAAAAUCACGUUUUGGUAAUGCAUUUCAUCUCUGUCGUGAGAUACUUCGACUCACUAAACUCAUCAUUGAUUCUCACGUGCAGUAUCGUUUGAACAAUGUCGAUGCCUUUCAAUUGGCCGAUGGCCUCCAGUACAUAUUUGCUCACGUGGGACAAUUGACUGGAAUGUAUAGAUACAAGUACAAGCUCAUGAGACAGAUCAGAAUGUGCAAAGACCUGAAGCACCUGAUUUAUUAUCGAUUCAAUACUGGUCCUGUGGGAAAGGGUCCUGGUUGUGGAUUUUGGGCGCCAGGGUGGCGAGUCUGGCUCUUCUUCAUGAGGGGAAUAACUCCACUAUUGGAGCGGUGGCUGGGUAAUCUUCUAUCACGACAAUUCGAGGGACGACACUCUAAGGGAGUCGCAAAGACUGUGACAAAACAGAGAGUUGAAUCUCACUUUGAUCUUGAACUGAGAGCAUCAGUGAUGCAUGAUAUCGUUGAUAUGAUGCCUGAGGGUAUCAAGCAGAACAAAGCGAGAACCAUUCUUCAGCAUUUGUCAGAGGCAUGGAGAUGCUGGAAGGCUAAUAUACCUUGGAAAGUACCGGGACUACCAAUUCCCAUCGAGAACAUGAUUCUGAGGUACGUGAAGAUGAAGGCUGACUGGUGGACAAACACAGCUCAUUACAACAGGGAGAGAAUAAGGAGAGGUGCCACUGUUGAUAAAACUGUGUGCAAGAAGAAUCUUGGUAGAUUAACUCGUUUGUACUUGAAGGCUGAACAGGAGCGACAGCACAAUUACCUCAAAGAUGGCCCUUAUAUAAGCCCUGAAGAGGCUGUUGCCAUCUACACGACAACUGUUCACUGGCUCGAGUCGCGGAGAUUUGCACCUAUUCCAUUUCCACCACUCUCAUACAAACACGAUACAAAACUUUUGAUUUUGGCGUUGGAAAGAUUGAAAGAGGCUUACUCAGUCAAAUCAAGACUCAAUCAGAGUCAGAGGGAGGAGCUUGGACUCAUUGAGCAGGCGUAUGAUAAUCCUCAUGAGGCAUUGUCCAGGAUAAAACGUCAUCUGCUUACACAACGAGCAUUCAAAGAAGUUGGAAUUGAAUUUAUGGAUCUCUAUAGUCACCUCAUACCUGUUUACGAUGUCGAGCCACUCGAGAAAAUAACUGAUGCUUAUCUGGAUCAGUAUCUGUGGUACGAGGCUGACAAGAGGAGAUUGUUUCCACCGUGGGUUAAACCCUCGGACACCGAACCUCCACCACUUCUCGUUUACAAAUGGUGUCAGGGUAUUAAUAAUCUUCAGGAUGUGUGGGAUGUGUCGGAGGGUGAAUGCAAUGUUCUUCUUGAAUCAAAAUUUGAAAAGCUCUACGAGAAGAUUGAUUUGACACUUCUCAACAGACUUCUACGUUUAAUUGUUGAUCACAAUAUUGCUGAUUACAUGACAGCCAAGAACAAUGUUGUUAUCAAUUACAAAGAUAUGAAUCACACCAACUCUUAUGGUAUCAUCAGAGGACUCCAGUUUGCCUCGUUUAUUGCUCAGUAUUAUGGGCUUGUACUGGAUCUUCUGGUUCUGGGGCUGCAGAGGGGCAGUGAAAUGGCAGGACCUCCACAGAUGCCCAAUGAUUUUCUCACUUUUCAAGACACUGACUCUGAGACAGCUCAUCCCAUCAGGCUCUACUGUCGGUACGUAGACAGAAUUCAUUUGUUCUUGAGAUUCACUGCUGAUGAGGCGAGGGACUUGAUACAGAGAUAUCUAACUGAGCAUCCAGAUCCCAAUAACGAGAAUAUCGUGGGUUACAACAACAAAAAGUGCUGGCCGAGGGACGCGAGGAUGAGACUCAUGAAGCAUGACGUUAAUUUGGGAAGAGCUGUAUUUUGGGACAUUAAGAAUCGUCUCCCCAGAUCGACAACUACUAUUCAAUGGGAGAACAGCUUUGUAUCUGUUUACUCCAAGGACAAUCCCAAUUUGCUGUUCAAUAUGAGCGGAUUUGAAUGCAGAAUUUUGCCAAAGUGCAGGACAACUCAUGAGGAAUUUAAUCACAAGGAUGGUGUGUGGAAUCUUCAGAAUGAAGUGACCAAGGAGAGAACUGCUCAGUGCUUCUUGAGAGUUGAUGACGAGAGCCUUCAGAGAUUUCAUAAUAGAGUCAGACAAAUUCUCAUGGCAUCUGGUUCAACGACAUUCACUAAAAUCGUUAACAAAUGGAAUACAGCACUCAUUGGAUUGAUGACGUACUUCAGAGAGGCUGUUGUCAAUACCCAGGAGUUGCUGGAUCUAUUGGUAAAGUGUGAGAAUAAAAUUCAAACGAGAAUAAAGAUUGGUUUGAAUUCAAAAAUGCCAUCGAGAUUUCCUCCAGUUGUAUUCUAUACACCCAAGGAAUUGGGAGGUCUGGGGAUGCUGUCAAUGGGGCACGUUUUGAUUCCUCAGAGUGAUCUCAGAUGGUCCAAGCAGACAGACGUGGGUAUCACUCAUUUUCGUUCAGGAAUGUCUCACGAUGAGGAUCAACUCAUUCCAAAUCUUUAUCGCUACAUUCAGCCAUGGGAGUCUGAGUUCAUUGAUUCGCAGAGAGUUUGGGCUGAAUAUGCGCUUAAGCGUCAAGAAGCCAAUGCUCAGAAUCGUCGUUUGACACUUGAGGAUUUAGAGGACUCGUGGGACAGAGGAAUACCUAGGAUCAAUACGCUAUUCCAGAAGGAUCGUCACACCCUGGCUUAUGAUAAAGGCUGGAGAAUUCGUACGGAAUUCAAACAGUAUCAGGUGCUCAAGCAGAAUCCAUUCUGGUGGACUCAUCAGCGUCACGAUGGAAAACUCUGGAAUCUUAAUAAUUAUCGAACUGAUAUGAUUCAGGCACUUGGUGGAGUCGAGGGAAUACUCGAGCACACCCUCUUCAAGGGGACUUACUUUCCAACGUGGGAGGGUCUCUUCUGGGAGAAGGCGUCAGGUUUCGAGGAGUCGAUGAAGUACAAAAAACUCACCAAUGCCCAGAGAUCGGGUCUCAAUCAAAUUCCCAACAGGAGAUUCACCCUCUGGUGGUCACCCACUAUCAAUCGCGCCAAUGUAUACGUUGGUUUUCAGGUUCAGCUCGAUCUCACUGGUAUCUUCAUGCAUGGCAAAAUUCCAACCCUGAAAAUAUCAUUGAUUCAGAUAUUCAGGGCUCACUUGUGGCAAAAAGUACACGAGUCCAUUGUCAUGGAUUUGUGUCAGGUGUUUGAUCAAGAGCUCGAUGCCCUUGAAAUUGAAACUGUCCAGAAGGAGACGAUUCAUCCGAGAAAAUCGUACAAGAUGAACUCAUCUUGUGCUGAUAUUCUACUUUUCUCGGCUUACAAGUGGAACGUCAGUCGUCCAUCACUCUUGGCUGACUCGAAAGAUGUAAUGGAUAAUGUCACAACGCAAAAAUACUGGAUUGAUGUCCAGCUGAGAUGGGGUGAUUAUGAUUCUCAUGAUGUUGAGCGUUAUGCCAGGGCUAAAUUCAUGGAUUACACGUCUGACAACAUGUCCAUCUAUCCUUCACCCACUGGAUUACUUAUUGCUAUUGAUUUGGCUUACAAUCUUCACUCGGCUUAUGGUAAUUGGUUUCCUGGAUGCAAACCACUCAUUCAGCAGGCAAUGGCUAAAAUAAUGAAAGCCAAUCCAGCGCUUUAUGUGUUGAGAGAGAGAAUCAGAAAGGCACUGCAGCUUUAUUCGUCAGAGCCAACAGAGCCUUAUUUGUCAUCUCAGAAUUAUGGUGAGCUCUUCAGCAAUCAGAUAAUCUGGUUUGUCGAUGAUACAAAUGUGUAUCGUGUCACUAUUCACAAGACAUUCGAGGGUAAUUUAACGACAAAACCGAUUAAUGGCGCUAUAUUUAUCUUCAAUCCUCGAACGGGCCAGCUAUUCUUGAAGAUUAUUCACACGUCUGUAUGGGCUGGGCAGAAGCGUUUGGGACAGCUUGCCAAGUGGAAGACUGCUGAGGAAGUUGCUGCACUCAUCAGAUCACUUCCUGUUGAGGAACAACCCAAGCAGAUUAUCGUGACAAGAAAAGGUAUGUUGGAUCCACUUGAGGUGCAUUUACUCGAUUUUCCAAAUAUCGUGAUCAAGGGAUCGGAGCUGCAGUUGCCCUUCCAGGCUUGUCUCAAGGUUGAGAAAUUUGGUGAUCUCAUUCUCAAGGCAACUGAACCCCAGAUGGUGUUAUUCAAUCUUUACGACGACUGGUUGAAGACAAUAUCAUCGUACACUGCAUUCAGCAGAUUAAUACUCAUUCUGAGGGCACUGCAUGUUAAUACUGAGAGGACUAAAGUUGUUCUCAAGCCUGAUAAGACAACAAUCACAGAGCCCCAUCAUAUCUGGCCUUCGUUGACUGAUGAUGAGUGGAUUAAGGUGGAGGUACAGCUGAAGGAUCUCAUUCUAGCUGAUUAUGGAAAGAAAAAUAAUGUGAAUGUUGCGUCACUAACGCAGUCGGAGAUCAGGGAUAUUAUUCUGGGUAUGGAGAUAUCAGCGCCUUCUGCACAGAGACAGCAAAUCGCUGAGAUUGAAAAGCAAACGAAGGAGCAGUCACAGCUUACUGCAACGACUACAAGAACAGUUAAUAAACAUGGCGAUGAAAUAAUAACAGCUACAACGUCUAAUUAUGAGACCCAGGCAUUCUCUAGCAAGACUGAGUGGAGGGUAAGGGCAAUAUCUGCUACUAAUCUUCAUCUGAGGACAAAUCAUAUCUACGUGUCGAGUGAUGAUAUCAAGGAGACUGGCUAUACUUACAUAUUGCCGAAGAAUGUUCUCAAGAAAUUUGUCACCAUCUCGGAUCUCAGGGCCCAGAUAUCGGGGUAUUUGUAUGGAAUUUCACCUCCAGAUAAUCCACAGGUGAAGGAAAUACGUUGUAUCGUCAUGCCACCGCAGUGGGGCACUCACCAGGUCGUUCAUCUUCCAAAUUCCCUUCCUAAUCAUCAGUAUCUCAAGGAGAUGGAGCCUUUGGGCUGGAUUCACACACAACCCAAUGAACUUCCUCAGUUAUCUCCACAGGAUAUCUCCACUCAUGCCAAAGUUAUGGCUGAGAAUCCGGUGUGGGAUGGGGAGAAGACAAUUGUCAUCACUUGCAGCUUUACUCCUGGCUCUUGUUCGCUGACUGCUUACAAAUUAACACCUAGUGGAUUUGAAUGGGGAAAGCAGAAUACGGAUUGUGGAAAUAAUCCCAAGGGGUAUCUACCCAGUCAUUAUGAGAAGGUCCAGAUGCUGUUGAGUGAUAGAUUUCAUGGAUUCUUCAUGGUACCCAGUCAGGGCAGUUGGAAUUACAAUUUCAUGGGGGUUAGGCAUGAGCCUAGCAUGAAGUAUGAAUUACAAUUGGCUAAUCCUAAGGAAUUUUAUCAUGAGGUACACAGACCUGCACAUUUCUUACUGUUUGCUGAUCUUGAGGAUGGGGGCAGUGGCGUUGGAGCUGAUCGGGAGGAUACUUUUGCGUAAAUGGGGAGGAGGUUCUCGAGACAUGUAAAUAUGGUGAAUUUUUUGGGCGUAUUUCGUCGACAUGCUUUGAAUUUUGUACAGAAUCUUCGGGUUUUAGUGAGCAUUGGUGAUUAUCGUAUGUAUUUCAUGUGUAAUUGAGGUAUCGAAUAAAUCAAGUAUUCCGACGAUUUUUGAUAGUCGAGAGUGUGAAUUUUAUCUUCAAUUUGGAAAAAAAUUAUUUCGAAAAAAGUUAUCGUUUUCCCUCGAAAAUCCUAAGUCGGUCCCUCAGCGGUGCAAUU